CUCCACCAGAAUUCCCUACAAACACCACCCGCAGGACGGCCAUCGUCAUACAGCUACCGACCGGACCUAGAUCGAGAUGGAAUACUUCAGCCUUAAGCGGUCCAGCGCUCUUAAUCGGGGCCAACCCAACCUCUCCAGCAAGGUCUACGUCCGGUCCACUAGAAGUGGCAAGGUUCAAAAGAUUGUGAGAGAGGUUUACCUGCGGCAAGAUAUACCAUGCUCGUCGACUUUGUGCCGAGCGUGCUUUGACAAUGCGCCUAUGGACUACACGCAGAAAGUGGCACCAUUUGUGCUCUCGGAUACACCGGCAGGGUCAAAAGAUUAUCCCAAUGGUCUGUAUCUGGUUCCCGACACGAAUGCUUUCCUCACCGGAAUGGAUCUGUUUGAGACUGAGACCGGGUUCCGCGAUGUUGUCGUCUUGCAGACAGUCCUCGAGGAGGUUAAGAAUCGCUCCCUACCGCUCUAUCAUCGUUUGAUCGCUUUGACGAAGAAUGAGGGAAAGAGAUUUUACGUCUUUUUCAACGAGUUUCGUCAAGAGACUUAUGUGCCUCGAGAUGCCGGCGAGACUAUCAACGACCGCAAUGAUCGAGCGGUGCGGAAAGCGGUGCAGUGGUAUAAUCAGCAUCUAGUGGAGGCUGUAGCCGCGAAGAGCAAGAAAGCGAAAAGGGUACCGUCCGUCGUUAUGAUCUCCGAUGACAGGGACAACCUCCGAAAGGCCAAGGCAGAUAAUAUACCAGCUGUGACACUAUCCGACUAUGUUUCCGGUCUGGAGAAUGCGGACGAGUUGUUAGAUAUGAUCAGCGCUGCUCAAGAACAACGUGAAGUCAGGUCAAAGCAGGCAGAAGUGUUCUAUCCAGAAUACUACACCAUGUCGAAAAUGACUACAGGAGUCAAAGCGGGCACUAUGCAUCAGGGCAUCUUUAACGUCUCGCAGUACAACUACCUUGAGGCCUCGGUUCAUGUUCCGGCAUUCGAAAAAUCACUUCUCAUCCUUGGAAGGGAGAACGGGAACAGGGCUGUCUCAGGGGAUGUCGUCGUCGUAGAAGUAUUGCCACAGGAUCAGUGGAAAGCACCAUCAACCAAGAUCAUUGAGGAAGAGACCGUGGCCAAGAACGAUAACCCCGAGACCGAGGGAGGAGAGAAUAUCGUUACAGAAAGAGAACGCAGAGCGCUUCAAGAAGAGGUUAAGCGUGCCCAUGACCAAAGCACAGAAGGCAAGCCACAACCCACCGCCCGGGUCGUUGGCAUCAUCAAGCGUAACUGGAGACAAUAUGUGGGACACAUCGACAGGGACUCGGUCAAAUCCACAUCUAAAUCCAGCAGGCAACAGCAGACGGUAUUCCUCAUCCCCAUGGACAAGCGGAUUCCAAAGAUACGAAUUCGGACUCGUCAAGCUGGAGAACUUCUGGGCCAACGCGUUUUAGCCACCAUAGACUCAUGGGAACGAGACUCACGAUACCCGGUCGGUCAUUUCGUCAGGUCUCUCGGAGAGCUUGAGUCGAAAGGAGCCGAGACGGAAGCACUUCUGCUGGAAUGGGAUGUUCAAUAUCGGCCCUUCCCGAAGACUGUUCUGGAUUGUCUACCACCAGAGGGGCAUAACUGGAGAGUUCCGGCUAGCCUUGACGAUCCGGGAUGGAGAGGACGAAGGGAUCUUCGCGAUCUCCUUGUCUGUAGUAUUGAUCCUCCUGGUUGUGUGGACAUCGACGACGCAUUGCAUGCCAGAAAGCUCCCGAACGGUAACUUUGAAGUCGGCGUACACAUCGCAGAUGUUUCCCAUUUCGUCAAGCCGAACAAUGCCAUGGAUAAGGAAGCCAGCCAGCGAGGAACUACAGUAUAUCUGGUCGACAAGAGAAUAGACAUGUUACCGAUGCUUCUAGGUACAGACCUGUGUUCACUGAAACCCUACGUCGAACGAUAUGCCUUCUCCGUGAUCUGGGAGAUCACUCCUGACGCGGACAUCGUAACAGCCGACUUCACCAAAUCUGUUAUUCGAUCACGGGAAGCUUUCAGUUACGAGCAAGCACAGAUUCGGAUCGACGACAAGUCUCAACAAGACGAUCUUACGAACGGCAUGCGGACUUUGUUGAUGCUUUCAAAGAAGCUCAAGCAGAAGCGCAUGGAUGCCGGUGCACUCAACCUGGCGUCACCUGAAGUCAAAGUGCAGACGGAAUCCGAGACGUCCGAUCCAAUCGACGUCCAGACAAAGAAGCUCUUAGAUACCAACUCCCUGGUCGAGGAAUUCAUGUUGCUCGCCAACAUUAGCGUAGCUCGUAAGAACUACGACGCAUUCCCUCAGACUGCUCUACUCCGCCGGCACGGUGCGCCACCCAAGACGAACUUUGAAGAACUAGGGAACCAACUGAAGGUUAAGAGGGGCCUCGAACUUCGAACUGAUAGCUCCAAGGCCCUUGCGGAUUCCCUGGACAAGUGUGUCGACCCUAAAGAGCCGUUCUUCAACACGUUGGUCCGCAUCAUGGCAACACGCUGCAUGAUGUCUGCCGAAUAUUUCUGCUCUGGCACCCAAGCAUAUCCCGAGUUCCGGCAUUAUGGCCUCGCGAGUGAAAUUUAUACGCAUUUUACAUCUCCCAUCCGUCGCUAUGCUGAUCUCGAAGCCCAUCGCCAGCUCGCGGCCGCCAUAGAAUACGAGCAGCUCGACCCCAGCCUCCACUCGAGACACAAGCUCGAAGCUGUCUGCAAGAACAUCAACGUACGUCACCGCAAUGCGCAAAUGGCCGGUCGCGCAUCCAUUGAAUACUACGUUGGUCAAGCCUUGAAGGGUAAGGACAUUCAGGAAGAAGGCUUCAUUAUGAAGAUAUUCUCCAACGGGUUCGUGGUCUUUGUUCCACGAUUUGGCAUCGAAAGCUUGAUUCGUCUGAGAGAUCUGGCAACGCCGGAGCCGGAUGCGGAGUUUGAUGCGGAGAAUUAUGUGCUCAAGGUGAAGGGAGAUGUGAAUAGGAGUGUUGAGUUGUUUGAGAAGGUGACGGUUCGGAUUACGGAUCUGGUGGAGGAGAGUACGGGGAAGAGGAAGGUGAAGUUAACUUUGGUUUGACGGGUGUAGUGCGUGCAAUGCAAUAGAUGGGUUUUUCGCCCUGGUGUCAAUAAACUGAGCCUCAUGCUCCCGAUGCGUUUCUCCUUCAAGGAAAUCACUCGAUGUAUAAAAGCCAAUAGCGAGAUGAAAACCAAUGCAUUAUGUUACCC